AUGAAUAAAGUUCAACGAUGUCGGAAGGCAAUUAAACAAUUAUGUUUUGCUUAUAUACCUCAAACCAAUUUGUUAUUUAUUCGAAAUUAUAGUAUAGAAGAAAAUUUAAGUAUAAAUGUAACAAAAGACAAGAAAACAAAAUCUACUAAUUUUGAACAAAUUCCUCAAUUUUCUAAAAAUCUCGAAGUUGAAAAUAAUCUAACUCCAGAACAGAAUACUUUCGCUUCAUUACUUCGGCAUUCUAAAUUCAUAGAUCUAGGAAAUCCAGAAGGAAAAGUAGUAUUGGGAGAAAUUUUUCAUAUUGUUAAUAAUGAUUUAUACAUUGAUUUUGGAUGGAAAUUUCAUUGUGUAUGCCCAAGACCUCAAAAAAAUUCAUCUCAAUAUAGAAGAGGCUCAAAAGUCAAAUUAUUAAUAAAAGAUUUGGAAUUAUCAACAAGAUUUUUAGGAGCAUCUACAGAUCUGACAAUGUUAGAAGCAGAUUGUAUUCUUCUUGGUUUAGUGCAUAUUUCAUCUGACAAAAUGAAAAUGUAGUUAUUUUUUUAAAUAAAAAAAAAAAGUUUAAAAAUUAA